ACGCUCCCACGAGCCCUGUGCGUGCUUCGGCUCCCAUCUGCAGGUGGGGAGAGUUAAUGUGCCUGGUGUCACGCACAUCCCUGGGACUGCAGCUGGCCUCGAUUUGAGCCACACCUGAGCCGGAGCCCGCGUUCUCCCCACACUGCCCUCCACGCCUGUGAGUAGGUGGAGAGUCACAAAUUCAACAGCAUGCAUGCACGAGGAUGUGCAUGUGUAUCUUAAUUCUCAAAUAUCUUCAAGCAAGGAAAUGGUUAUAAGCAGUGACGAACAGAGGAACGGAAACAUGGAGGCAGUCCAGGCCGCCACUGCAGGGCCGAUCACACAGACUCCGCAGUCCAACCAGAGCGCGGGUGGACGUGCGUUCAGCCCUGACGGUCCCAUUCGCGUCUCCCGCCAUGGGAUCCCCUGCAUUCUCUUCUGGGCCAAAAGAAUCACAGUUACGUUUGAGAACCAGACCUGGCUGGACCUUACAGAGCGGGCGUUUGGUCAGAAGGCCACAGUGGACACGGACCACUCCCACUGCAGUGAAGAAAGCGCCACGUUGUAUCUGAACUUUGGUGACACCAGAAAUUCCAAAGCCCUUGCUAUGAGGUUAGUCCUCGGCCACGACGGCGACCUCGGGUUCCGGCUGCUCCGGCUCGAACUGCUGCUGAACGGCUCCACGGAAGCCGCCUUCGGGGCCCGGGCCGUGGGUGCUCCCGCCGGACGCUCCUUCCGCUGUGGCCGCGUGAGCAGCCAGCGCCCUGAUGCGCUGCUGCCGCCCCUACCGCCGCCGGCGGGGUCCUGGGCACACUGGGACGUCACGCUUCGGGGCCUACAGCUCCAAGGCUUUGCCAUCCAGGGUGGCCAGUUUGCCAAGGCCCGAGACUGUGCCACCUCCACCUCCUCACCGGCUGUCCUCCUCGGCCUGGCCAUGGCCCUUGUCCUGCUGCUGGUGCUGGCCUAUGCCCUGCACAUGCUCAUCUACCUGCGCCACCUGGACCAGCACUAUGAGAGUGUCGCCUCCCCGUUGCACUUCCCCCAGCUGUGGGCUUGCAGUGGCACUGAGGGGAAGGAACUGCUCCGGAGCCAGGCCCCUGAGUGCUACGAGCUGCAGGGCCAGCAGAACUACAGGAUCUACGUCUGACCUCUGACGUCUGCCUCCCAUCCUGUCCUGUCCACAGCAGCCCCGGGCAGCAUCUCCUCCCUGUGCUGUUGGACUUGUGAAUGGCCUGGUUAAAACAAAUAAAAAUCAGUAAAGGAGAUGCGUAGGGAGUUGGUCUUGCAGCCUCCGCUGGCUGGCUCAGCCAGACAGGGGCAAUGAGAAGGUAAGACAGGGGUGCUGCCCACACAGUGAACAGACUGUGUUUCUGGUUAGCAGAAGGGGAGCAGGGAGGAAGGGGUGAAGACAAAGGAAAACCUACCGGGUUGGUCUUGUCUGACUGAGUGGAUGUGGUAAGGACAGAAAUAA